CCUUCAAAAAAGUGUUGCUUCACUAAAUUUGGGCAUGUACCUUUCAUUUUCUCUCUCCUCUUUCAUUGCUUUGCUAGGGUUGAUUUCCCAACUUUGCCAUUAUAGUUUUGAAACACCAGAAUAUCCAGAGAACCCCAUAAAUUGGUAAGCUAGAGCAAUUAUUGAAAGUAAGGAACAAAACCUAAAAUUCCCCUUUCAUCCUUUUGCACGGGCAAAAACGCUUAAAUUUUGCCAAAUUGGUACUGGGUUUCUUCCAUUGCAUUAGAAAAAAGAUGGGUUUUUUGAUUGCUUCAUUAGAGUGACAUAUCUAGGGUUUUAUCCUCCAAAAUUUGCCCUAUUUUUAUGCCCUGCAUUUUGCACUUAAGUUUUCAUGCAUACCACCUAUUUGGUAAAAUGCCGCAGUGAUUUUUUUUUUUUUUUUGUCCUGUUUUUAUCACACUUUCGCUAUCAAAUCAAAACAUCUAUCUGAACAUGCCCUUUUGAAGAAUUGUGUUUUUGGUUGAUGGGUUUUUUCUGGGUUUUGAACUUUUGAUUCAUAAUUUUGUGUUUUUAUACACUGGUUUAUUCUGUGAAAGAGGCAAGACACAGUGGUAGUGUUGACUGUUGGUGUUUGUUAGGUAAAUUUUUUAGCCUUUUUGAGGUUAGCAGAGAAGAGAGCAAGAGAGAGAGAGUGUUUUAAAAAAAAAAAGAAAAAAACUAUGGCUAGGGAAAAGAUUCAGAUCAAAAAAAUUGACAACACAACAGCAAGGCAAGUUACAUUUUCAAAAAGGAGAAGAGGGUUGUUCAAGAAGGCUGAGGAGCUGAGCGUUUUGUGUGAUGCUGAUGUUGCUCUUGUUAUCUUCUCUGCUACUGGCAAGCUCUUUGAGUACUCCAGCUCUAGUAUGAAGACUAUACUAGAAAAACACAAAUUGCAUUCCAAGAACUUGGACAAGCUGGAACAACCGUCCUUAAAGUUGCAGCUUGUUGAAAAUAGUAACUACACGGAGUUGAAUGAAGAAAUAGCACGUAAAAGCCAACAGCUAAGACAUAUGAGAGGAGAGGAGCUUCAGGGAUUAGGUAUAGAAGAGCUGCAACAGCUGGAAAAGUCCCUUGAAUUUGGAUUGAAACAUGUCAUGGAUAAAAAGGGCGAGAAGAUCACGAACGAAAUUGACUUGCUCGAGCAAAAGGGCGCUAAAUUGAUGGAAGAGAAUGAGUGGCUGAGACAGCAAGUACGAUUGACGUGCUGGAAGCAUCAAAGGGCACACAACAAGCUGCUGAUUCGGAUUAUGUUGUAUAUGAGGAAGGCCAGUCAUCUGAAUCGAUCAGUAAUGGUUAUAGUUCUGGUGGUACUUCUCAGGACUGUGACGAAGGCUCCGAUACGUACCUAAAGUUGGGAUUGCCAUACUCUGGCUAGUUGGAGAGACCAUUGGAGAUGAUUUGCGGUGGUCAUUGUAUCUAUAGUUAGCCUAUGCUCCUUUGCUUGUGGUUGCUUAACUUGUAUAAUGUGUAAACUUUAAUGUAAGCCUAUGUAAUUUGUAAUAUCACUAAUUUUGUAUCCUCUGGUCAGCUAAGAAAAGUGAUGUGAAUCAAGCUACUGAAAUGAAAUGGAACGGCGACAAGACAUAGUAGCGAUCUAAUCAAGCUAACACUAUGUACAAAUAAUUUCUCAAAUGCAACACUUUAAUUUUUGCAAGAUUUCAUAUAAGUCAAGUGCCAUGGUUGUGAGUGGAGGUGAAAGUCCAUGAUUGAAAUGGUCUUUAAUCUUAAUGAAAUUCGACAAACAAACUCACCACCAUUUUUGGUUUUUAAGAGAGGGGUAUGCAAAAAUGGAAGGGGAAGGGUAGGAGGAAAUUUUGGUUUUCUGGGGGGAAUGACUCCCAUGCCUUUCUUGGUCGAAUCAAUCCAACCGGUGAUUUCCAACAAGUCAUUCUUCAUUUUCGAGCAAAAGGCGGAACUACAUGGAUGAAUGUAUUGUAUUUCAUGGUGAAAAGGGUUUUUUAUUUAGCAUUUAGCAUUCAUGUAAAAAUUGUUACAAAAGUUAUAGAUUUAUUUUGGUUGCUCA